AUGCUACUCACGCAGGACCCAGAAGCAUUUAGGGGGAUCACACUGAUGGAACACAGAUGCCCAUCCCAGAGACAUCUGCUGCACCCCACCCCAGAGCUGGCCGCGCUAGCAUUGCAGGUGCUCUCUGGGGCAGCGGUGGCUGAUACAGUAUCCCCCCGUGUCUCCUCAGAUACACUCAUGUACCCAUAUGGACCCAAGUUUGGAGACAGAAGAACCCCCAAGGCAGACGAUGGGGCGUCUCCUGAAAUCCCCAUCUCAGUACGCUUCUCCUUCUACAACAGGAGUUACCGCUCUCUUUACGUGAACAAUAAUGGUGUGGUGUCGUUUGGCGUCCCUGUUAACCAAUUCACACCUGACUCUUUCCCGCUGACCGAUGGCCGGGCCUUUGUGGCGCCAUUCUGGGCGGAUGUGGAUAACCGCAUCACGGGUGAGGUGUGUUUCCGGCAGAGCCGAGACCCGCAGCUCUUGCAGAGAGUCAUGGCUGACAUCAACACCUACUUCCCCCACGAAGAGUUCACUGCGACCUGGCUCUUUGUGGCCACUUGGGACCGCGUGACCUUCUAUGGCUCCAAAUCCUCCAAGGUGAACACCUUCCAGGUGGUUCUAACCACCGACGGCGACCUGUCCUUCAUCAUGCUGCACUACAGUGAUAUCCAGUGGACAACAGGGGCGGCGAGUGGUGGGGACCCCCAUACUGGAUUGGGGGGCACCCCAGCUCAGGCUGGAUUUAACAGUGGUGGGUCCAAAAAUUACUUCAACAUCCCUGGCUCACGGACCCCAAGCAUCCUGAAGAUCAGUUCAAUGAGCAACAUCAAGAGCCCUGGGCGCUGGGCCUUCCAGGUGGACAAUUUCGCUGUGCCCAACGGCUGUGUCUACAACGCCAACUUCCUGCCCCCUGGCACUUUCUUCUGGAGCGACCAGAAGUGCGAGCGCUGGUGCCAGUGCAUGUAUGGGGAGGACGGGGUGACAUGCCAUGCAAGGGGUUGCUCCCCGGAUGAGGCCUGCCACCCAGCCUCCUGGUACCACGUGUGUCAGCCCAUCAGCCGAGCAGCCUGCCAGGCAUGGGGAGGGCGGCACUACAGCACCUUCGACGGGCGACUCUACCACUUCCAGGGGGCCUGCACCCACAUGCUGUCACAGCUGUGUGCCCCCCCGCAUCCCUCCGGCCUGGCACCAUUCCAGGUGGAGGCAGAGAGUGAGGAGCCAGGAGCGGCACAGGGGGCACCCGGCACCCACCUUGUCCGGGUGACAGUCUACGGGCAGGACAUCGCCAUGGCCAGGGGGGCCACUGGACACAUCACGGUGAAUGGGAUAAAGUCUCUCCUUCCGGUCACGCUUCUCAAUGGGAAGAUCCGAGCCCACCAGAAUGGCUUCUCUGUGAAAGUUGCCACUGAUUUUGGGGUGGAGGUUUCCUAUGAUGGGAUUCAACGUGUGGAGGUCACCGUGCCCUCGACUUACCGUAACUUCACCUGCGGCCUGUGCGGGACACUGACUGGUGACCCCUCCGAUGACUUCCAGACUCCAAAUGGCACCUUAGUCACGUCAGCUGCUCUCUUUGCCACAAGCUGGCAGGUGAAGGGUGACAGGCGCCAGUGUGUGGAGGACCAGGAGCUGCCUUCUUGUCCCGCUGCUGAACAGGCUCGUUAUUCUGGUCACAACUACUGCGGCAUUAUGAAAAUGUCUCCAGGCCCCUUCACAGCCUGCGCUCAGACCCUAUCCCAGGCAGGCUUGGUGGAAAACUGUAUGUAUGACCUCUGCAUGUCCAGGGGGAAUCGGACUGUGCUGUGUGGGGUUCUAGGCGCUUACACAGAGAGCUGCCAGGCAGCCAACGUCACUGUUGGGCAGUGGAGAACAGACCAGUUUUGUGGUGAGUAA